AUGGGUGUGUUUUGGAUGGCAAUCUUGGUUGGUUUUGUGGGGUUUGUGUUUGGGUUAAUCUUGAACCAUUUCUUGCCUUUGUUGUUCUUGAAAGAUAAGAAAAAUGGGUGUCUUCCUAGAGGCUCUUUUGGAUACAUGCCUCUUCUUGGUGAAACCCUAGCUUUUCUUAACCCUCAUCCUUCCAACACCAUUGGCUCUUUUCUUCAAGACCAUUGUUCUAGGUAUGGGAAAGUGUUCAAAUCCCAUUUAUUCUUCUCACCCACAAUCGUUUCAUGUGAUCAAGAACUCAACUACUUCAUACUACAAAAUGAAGACAAACUGUUUGAAUGUAGCUAUCCGAAGCCCAUCCAUGGUGUUCUUGGCAAGAUAUCGAUGCUUGCUGUUGUGGGUGACACCCACAAGCGGCUUAGAAAUGUGGCCCUCUCACUCGUCUCUACCACCAAAUCUAAACCUGAUUUCCUCUCCUACAUUGAAAAAACCACCCUCCAGAUUUUGGAUUCUUGGAAGGAUAAGCAACAAGUCAUCUUCUGUCAAGAAGCUAGAAAGUUUACAUUCAAUGUAAUAGUAAAGCAAGUGCUAGGGUUAACACCAGAAGAGCCACAGACUGCAAGAAUUCUUGAAGAUUUUCGCACUUUUAUGAGAGGUUUAAUUUCUUUUCCUCUGUACAUCCCUGGAACUCCAUAUGCAAAUGCAGUUAAGGCUAGAAUCAGAAUAUCAUCAAGUGUCAAGCAAAUUAUAAAGGAGAGAAGAAGAAAUAAUAAUAAUAAUAAUAAUAAUAAUAUUUUUAAUAAUAAAAAUGAAGAUCAAAAAAGGGGUAGUGAUUUCUUGGAGAUACUCCUGGGUGUUGAUACCUUAUCUGAAGAUGAAAAAGUUAGCUUUGUUCUUGAUGCUCUUCUUGGUGGCUAUGAAACUACUUCUAUUUUAAUGGCCAUGCUGGUUCAUUUUCUUGCCAAAUCCCCAUCUGCACUUAAGCAAUUGAAGGUUGAGCAUGAAAACAUCAGGAGCAAGAAGAAGAAAGACGAAGCUUUGAAUUGGGAAGACUACAAAAUGAUGGGAUUCACCCAAAAUGUCAUGAAUGAAGCUCUUAGAUAUGGCAACGUUGUCAAGUUUGUGCAUAGGAAGGCCCUCACAGAUAUCAAAUUCAAAGAUUAUUUGAUACCAGCAGGUUGGAAGGUCCUACCAGUUCUAAGUACAGUUCAUUUGGACCCAUCAAUCCAUUCAAGUCCCCUAGAGUUUCAUCCUUGGAGAUGGGAGACGCAGAGGCAAGAUCAAACGGGAAAGAAAUUUACUCCGUUUGGUGGAGGAUCAAGAUGUUGUCCGGGGUCCGAACUAGCUAGGGUAGAGGUUGCGUUCUUCCUCCACCAUCUUGUGCAAAAUUACAGAUGGAGAAUAGAAGAUGAUGAUCAACCCAUUGCAUAUCCAUAUGUAGAGUUCCAGAGAGGUUUAGUAUUAAAUGUGGACCAUUUUACCCCUUGA